GCCGCCGUACGAGCACCCGCGCUUCGAGGGCGUCGAGGCGGAGGAGCACCACCUAGUGUCAGGGCCCUCUGUCAAGGGCGCCGCCGCGCUGUUCGCGCGCGGCGCAGUCGACCACGCACUCGCGCUGCACCGCGGCAGCGUGCACCUCGUGCACGCGCUCGACGUCGCGGCGCCCGGCGGCGGCGGCGGCGGGGGCGGCGGCGGGAUUGGCGGCGGCGGCGGGGCGGGGGGCGCGACGUUGCUCGUGGGAGGGCCUCCAAAUUUGGAGGGUUUGGAUGGGCAGCCUGUCAGGAGCUUUGGGCUGGGGGACCUGCUGAGUACGGAAGGGCAAGAG